AUGGCUACCCUCAUUGCUCCCAUCACUUUUUCACCUGGAAUUGAUGCAGAAGCUCUUCACAAAGCUUUCCAAGGAUGGGGGACUGAUGAGAAAACCGUUAUUGCAAUAUUGGGUCACAGAAAUGUUUAUCAGAGGCAACAAAUAAGAAAGGUUUAUGAGGAAAUUUACCAAGAGAACAUCAUCAAACGCUUAGAGUCAGAACUCACUGGUGACUUUGAGAGAGCAGUGUACCGUUGGAUGCUGGAACAUGCCGAUCGUGAUGCUGUUUUGGCCAAUGUGGCAAUCAAGAGUGGCAGCAAGGGCUACCAUGUGAUUGUGGAAAUUGCUUGUGUGCUUUCAUCUGAAGAGCUUUUGGCAGUCAAGCGUGCCUAUCACAACCGUUACAAACGAUCUUUGGAAGAAGAUGUAGCUACUAAUACCUCUGGUGAUCUUCGCCAGCUGUUGGUUGGGCUGGUGACCUCAUAUAGGUAUGGUGGUGAUGAGAUCAAUGCAAAGUUGGCAAAAACUGAAUCUGAUAUUCUUCAUUCAUCUAUCAAGGAGAAAAAGGGUAACCAUGAAGAAGCCAUCAGGAUCCUUACCACAAGGAGCAAGACUCAACUUCUGGCAACUUUCAACCGCUACAGAGAUGAUCAUGGCACUUCCAUAACUAAGAAAUUGUUGGAUGAUGCAUCUGAUGAUUUCCGCAAGGCAUUGCACACUGCUGUGAGAUGCAUCAAUGACCACAAAAAGUACUAUGAAAAGGUUCUGCGCAAUGCACUCAGAAGGGUUGGAACUGAUGAGGAUGCACUUACCCGUGUGGUGGUCUCAAGGGCAGAGAAGGACAUGAGGGACAUUGCAGAGCUCUAUUACAAGAGAAACAGUGUUCACCUUGAGGAUGCAGUGGCCAAGGAAACCUCAGGGGACUACAAAAAAUUCAUCCUCACUUUGUUGGGGAAGGAUGUUUGA